AUGGAUACAUUCUCACAAUCUGGUGAUAUUAUGAUCGGUGGAGUCUCUGUGGUCCAUUCUGGAAUUGUUUUCCAACAACCAACUUUCCAGGAGAGGCCAAAGCCAGUUUCGUGCACUGGGUUCCACAUUCGAUGUUAUCGGGAUGUUCUUGGUCUCAUGUUUGCAGUGGAUGAAAUUAACAAUUCUCAGGACCUCCUGCCUAACAUCACCCUUGGCUUCAGUGUGCUGGACUCCUGUAUGUCGGAGCUCCGGGCUGUGGGUGGAGUUUUGUCCCUAAUGUCAGGACUUGGAAGCCCCUUUCCUGGAUAUGGUUGUCAUACACAUUCGGUCAUGGUCGGGAUUAUAGGUGAAAGUUUUUCCUUUUUAUCCAUUCCUAUUGCUCAGAUUACUGGGGUCUUCCAGUUCCCACAGAUAAGUCACGGAUCUACUUUUGCAACUCUCAGCAAUAAAAUACUGUUUCCAUCAUUUUUCCGCACGGUACCCAACUUACUUCAGCCAAUGGCUCUUGCCGACCUCGCUGGGAAGUUUAGUUGGACUUGGGUUGGCAUUUUGGUGGCGGAUGAUGAUAUUGGGCAUCAGGGUGGACAGAUUAUGGAAAUCAGAGUAAAAAGCAAUGGAGGCUGUAUUGCCUUUCUGGAGAAGAUCCAUCUCAGUUAUUCAGACAAACAGAUCAGAAGAGUAGUAGACGUAAUUAAAAGAAGCUCUGUCAAUGUAAUUCUUAUGAGCUGCCCAGACAUCCAUAUUAAGGCCCUGCUAGAGUCUUUAUUUGAUGAGGGGGCUACCGGGAAAAUUUUCCUUGCUACAGAUUACUUUGGACUUUCGCUUGGAGACUUCUCUAAGAAAACCUGGAAGGUUCUAAAUGGGACAAUUGGAUUGAUUCCAUGUACCGGUACCAUGCAAGGGUUUGAGGAAUUCCUUCUGAACCUUCACCCAACUGGCAAUUCAAGUUACCCAUUUAUUAGACCAUUCUGGGAAAAAGCUUUCAGCUGCCAAUGGACUAAUGGAAAUAGUGAGAUGUCAGAUACUGCCGAUAUAAAAGUAGAUGUGACCUGCACCGGGGAAGAAGAACUGGGCAGUAAAGUUGCCCAGUUGUUUGAAAUGAAUGAUCUAAGCUACACUUACCAUGCCUACCUUGCUGUGUAUGCCUAUGUACAUGCUCUGCAUUCUCUCCUUGGCUGUCCUACCGGAUCAAAUGGAUUUUUUAAUGGGACCUGUGGAAAUAUUAAUGGCGCUCAACACUGGAAGGUGUUCCGUUACCUCAAGAAAACCAGUUUCCAUGCAAAGUCCGGGGAGAUGGUGAAGUUUAAUGCCAAGGGGGAUCUUCCUACUUCGUCUGACAUCUUGAAUAUGCAGAUCCUCAAUGACAGCUUCAACCUGGUGAAAGUAGGGAUGAUUGACCCCAAAGCCAAACUGGGUGAGAAGAUCAGUGUGAACUUCAGUGCUAUACUAUGGAAUGAUGACUUUUCACAGAUUAUGGUGGCUUUGAAUGAGGCCUUGGCAUUUGCAAGAGCUGUUGAAACUUUCAUGGCAAAAGGGGCCUGA